AUGAGGCAGUUCAUCCUGCUCCUCGCCCUCCUCGGCGCCGCGCUCGUCAGCGCAGACGUCCGCACCGCAUCCAUCUACAUCCAGCCCAUCGGCAGCGGCGCCGCGGCCAAAAAGCCGGCCCUGCUCGCCGAGGUCAGGUACGACGCGCUCGACCCCUCCUCCGCCGAGGUCUCGGCCUACGAGGCGCCCUACCUGCCCGACGACGGCGACGGCCUCGUGCGCGUGGGCGUCUGGGACGCCAAGACGAGGCGCUGGGCGGGCUCGACGUCGGUCGCCGCGGCGCGCAACUUCGCCAAGGGGUACAGCCCGCACCUGACGCUGUCGGUCGACGCGCGGGGCAGCUACCUCGGCGCGGCGUGCCGGGGCGUGCGCAUCGACGCCGGCGCCACGAGGGACUUUGGCCCGCAGGCGCGGGUCGUGGUCGCGGCGCAGGGCAAGCAGCCCGACCUGAACAAGCCCGUGGUGCUGAGCCCCGAGGGCAGGAAGGUGCAGCCGGAGCAGGAGAAGACGUUUUUGCAAAAGUACUGGUGGUUGAUCGGCGUUGGUGUCCUGCUGUUGGCUACUGGCGGGGGAGGAGACAAAUGA